CCGGUUCGAAGGUUUGGAAGGAGCUCAGGGUAGGAAGGGGAGGCGAGCGAAGGCAAAGGUAACGUAGAGGGAGAGGAGCAGGAGGAGAGGUUGAGAACAACCAAGUUCGACGGGCACAGAUCCUCAGAACAAGGUUGCUUCGAAGCCAGAAGCUCCUGACAAUCUGAGACCGGUCCUUUCAGCCUGCCGUUGACGAAGGGAGAAAAACACUUUUGCAGAAGGCUUUAUUCGCUUCCAGAAAGUUCUUACAAAGAGGUUCGCAAUGGCUGAUGAGGUCAAGGAACCUACCAAUGGGAAUGUGGGAGAAGGGACGGAAGAAGGCACGGGGAAGGGUGAAGCGAAAGAACCUCAGUCGGCCAACGAUCGCCUCAUGGGAGAGAUUGAGAGCAUCAUCAAGUCUCCUGAUCACUUCCAGGCCCUCAAACUCCCUCCUCCUCACCUGGACUUGCUAGGAAGAGCUGUUUGGGAUAUGACAGAAGACGACGUCAACAGAGCAUACAGAAAGUUGACAAGAUACUGCCACCCCGACAAACUGGCAGGGAUGUCAGCCGAAGAUGCAGAGAAGGCAGAGAAAGCAUACGAGAAGCUGCGGAUAGCAAAGGAAUGCCUGACCAAGGAAGACACCAGGGGCCCGUACGUUCGAGAGCACGUCAAGUGCGUCAGGAUGGAGAAGAACGAGGAUGCCAUCAAGGGACAGGAUGUAGUAGGGACUGCUGAGAGAGCCAGAGAGUGGGACCACCAGCGACGCAAAGAGAUCGGACAGAUCCGAGGAAAGGAAGCAAGGGACAUGGGGCAGAGUGUAGCUCGUGAGAUGGAGAGGAAGAGAAAGUUGGCAGAGCUGAAGCGAUUGGAGAGGAUGAAGGAAUUGAGCCAGAACAUGAGCUCCGAGAGCUCCGACGAGGAAUCGAAGAGAAAGCACAAGGCACCGAUCGUGAAGAAGCCUGAGUCCCAGGUCGAUGACGACGAAGAAGCAAGGAAGAAGCGGCAAAGAAACGCUAGGAGGAAUCGACUUGGACGCAUGGGUGUAUGAUACUGUUUCCAUCAGCAUACCAGGAAGAUGGGCACCUGGGUUGUCCUGCCUGCAACCAAGCGAUAAGAGAAUGAAAUCAAAUAUCAGAG